GGGAAGUCCAUUAAGCUGAACUGAUGUGUCCGGUUUGACUGUUUUUGACUUUGCUGUGGGUAAUUGCUCAGCGGUACUGCCAGGGAAAGGACUGUCUGCGAGCCGACAAAACAGUACAAUGAGGAGUGAGACGGAUGAUGACACGGACAGUGAUGGCGGAUGGACAAAAACCAAGGGGGACGUAGAUGAACUGGUAAAAUCAUUAAAUGAAGAUACAUCUGCAGAGAGUGAGAUCGAUGAUGACAGCGAUGACGAAUCACCCGCGACGGGAGCGGACGUUAAAAUCCAAAGAAGAAGAAGUGGUGAAGAUUUGGAGAUGACGGUGUUCAAGAAACAUAGAAUGUUUAUAAACAGUGAUGACAAUGAGAAUGAGAAAAUGAUGUCCCGAGCACAUGAUAUAAACAGUGACGAGUGUGAGAAUGAGAAACCGAUGUCCCGAGACCAUGGUGUGAGCAGUGAUGACAAUGGGAAUGAGAAAAUGAUGUCCCGAGCACAUGAUAUAAACAGUGACGAGUGUGAGAAUGAGAAACCGAUGUCCCGAGACCAUGGUGUGAGCAGUGAUGACAAUGGGAAUGAGAGAUCAAUGUCCCGUGCACAUGGUAUUACAAGUGAUGGAGAUGAGAGAUCAAUGUCUAGUUCGAUGCCACUACCAAUUAGAAUGAAAACACUACCAAGUAUGAUCAGUGAAUGCUACAAGAGAGUAAUGCCUGGUGCAUGUCCUACAACGCCGCCACUACCAACAAAGAACAAUGCCUAUGAUCCUGUAGUCCAGCCCAAUAUGCGGAGUUACAGCAUGGGACGUGACAGAUAUAGAACCAGUGAGGAAUUCGAAGAAUUAUAUAGCAGUAGUGCUAGCUUCGGAUCAAACUUCGGAAAAGAUCCUAUGAAACAAAUGGACCAGGCCAUUUCAAAUAAUGACAUAGAUUUAGCAAGAUGUGUGUUACAACAGAAUAAAGAUAAAUUAGAGAAACGUCAUGUAAGUUGGAUCGUGAUAAAAACAGUAAAAGAGAGACGACAUGAGUUUGUCAGUUUAUUUAUAGAAACUGGUUUGAUUAGAAAGAAGUUUAUGACUGCCUCAGACAUAAGAGAUUUAUACAACAGUAAUGAAGAUAUAUUGAGUUUAUUGAAAUCAGAGAUUUUUCAAGGAAUCAAGAUACCAUUGAAAGAGGGUGAUACUGUAGGAAUAGAACAUCUAUUUGUGUAUUGCUUGUUGGUGCAUGAUCACGAAAUUGCAAAACUAUUGUGGACACAGUUAGACGAACCAAUAGCCUCUGCAAUAUUUGCAAAACCUAUUUACAAAAUGGUAAAUCGGAAAAAAAAAGACAACGAACUUUCAGAAAAGUUACGACAGAAUGGACAGGAAUUUACAAAUUUGGCCAUCAAAGUGAUUGAUUCUUUGCAUAGAGAGGGACGCAGUAGGGAAUCUUUAAUCCGAAAGCUGACAAAAUGGAAAGAUAAAUCUUGUCUAACAGCAGCCACAGGAAACAAAAAGUUCCUGUCUAGCGUCGCCUGUCAGGAACUCCUGGAUAACAUUUGGUGGGAAAAGGUUUCAUUAUUAAAUGUCCGAUUUGUGGAAAGUAUUUUUUUUCUCACUUUUGUUAUUGUAUAUUCAUUUAGGUGUAAAAUGAAAUGAAAUGAAAUGGGGUUUAACGUCCUACUGUUCUGCACCUGAACUGGGCUAAUGAAGACGGGCAUACGCCAUACAGUGUGCUAUGAGGGACAUUUUGCCCGGGCAGCGGCGCUACGACCUACUCGUAUAUCGAAUUCAAACUACCAAGGGAUCUUUUACGUGCACGCCAAUAUGUACACGGGACCUCGGUUUUUCGUCCCAUCCGAACGACUAGACAGCUGUCCUUGUCAGGCCCUCCGUUCUGCAUCACUGACAAGGGGAAACCACGGCGGAAAAUCUGGAUGAACUUUCUCGGCCAAUGCAGGGAUUGAACACUCAUUUAGGUGUAAAAUGUGAAAUUUCUGAUUGCAAGCAUCUAUAAAAUAGGAUUAAAAUCGAUAUCCACUUUGACUAGUCCAUUUGGUGGUCGGUAUAUUAAAUGCCACUAUUAGAAAACCUGAUCAUGAUGUGAAUAUUAAUAACCCCAAACAGACAGUGAUCGGAAAUACAUAUCAAAGUAGACAAUAAUGAAAGAAUAGAGGUGUGGGCUCUAGAAUUAAUAUGAGAUUUAACAUUCAUUAGAUUGAAUAUAAUCUGUUUAAAUCGAUGUAAAGAUACCAACUGGCAAGAUUUUGGUUUGUUAAUAAUGUGUCUGGGCUAUAUGUUACACUAUUGGUUCUUUAUGACAACACUGAUCUAACACCAUAUAAUACUUUUAUUAUUCCUCCAAACAUAUAAAGUACAAGCCAACACCUUAAGUUAAAUGACUCCGUAAAGUUAGCUUGUGUUUAGAGAGCCCUGACCUAGCUUGGUCGCCCUUUGGCCCGUACUGAUGAAUCUAAUUCAGUACCCGUCGGUUAAGGCUUUGAGCUGGACAAAUAUCAGUCGAGUGCCUGACCAUGCUGACAAGGUGUCUAAACGAUUACACAGCUGCCUAUUACGUAAUGUCAGAUUAGCUUUUUUUGCAAGCCAUUAUGAGUGACAGUAGUAACAUCAGAAUAACGGUUAGAGAUCUGUCAGUCGGUGACGGUGGACAACCGUAUGCAUUUGGUUCAUAUCCCCACAAGGUUUUAUGGGCAAGACCUUUAACCUUAAAAUCACAUAACUGAACUAAGACAAAGUUGAGGUUGACAAAAUUGUGUAAUAAUUGAGGCGUCUUUUUGUUUCCAACUUGAAAAUGUCUUUGAAAUAUUUUUUGACUUUCGAACAAUAAAAUGAAUCCAACGAUCGAGUUGGAAGAUUCCACGUUUGUCCACAAAAUAUAAUUAAAAUACAUUCGGUACACUGUUGGACUUUUAUGGAAACGAUACAAAUGUAAGGGGAAGAAUAGAUUAAAUUGAAAAUCAAUUGAAAUACUGUUCAAUCAUCGCUGCAUUUGCUCGAAUAUGCCAACCGUAAUUGUAUCUAUGUUUGCCAUUUGGACAGAAAUCUUUAUAGUCCUAUCAAAAUACGCCAAUAAGGCGGUCAACCCAACAACUAAUUUCUUUAGAAGGUUUUUCCAUGGUACCUACUUAUAGAGUUCUGAUUUUCAAUGUGGGGUAUAGGAGAGGGAGGUAGAGGUAGAGAGGCAUCAACUAGGUCAUUUCGGUUCAAUAAAUCGCUUACGCGUAGGGGUAUUUAGCAGUGGGGGACCCGGAGAAAACCCAAGGGGUUGGACAGGCGACCCUACUCCUUGUCAUGUUCAAGCGGGGAAUCAAAACCAUGCUACUCGAUUCAAUGACAGACCUUGUGAUUUCACGCGUUACUCCCCUAGACCCCGUGAUGUACAGGGGAAGGGUGUCAAAAAAAACUUCUACAAAAAUCAGAGGUACGUAGGUCUUUCAUUAAUUUGACUUGACCGUUAGAACAUACACCAAACAGUCAAGUUGGAAUUUCUCAAUACACGAUAUCAAACGAAACAAGUAUGGUUUAUAUUACAGAUGAUGCUUUGUACAAUCUUAUUGCCGAGGGUGAUCUAUCACGGGUUUUCGGAAAAAGAAAACGAGGAUUGGACAUGUAUUAAAAAGUUUUUUCUGAAACCAGUGACUAUAUUUUGUCUUAACUUGUUAUCGUAUGUGAUAUUCCUGGGUCUGUUCAGCUACCUGAUGGUCGUUAGUUUUAAUCCGACAUUCUCUGUUAUUGAAAUAAUUAUCUGUGUCUGGGUUUUUACCUUAGUACUUGAGGAAAUAAGGCAAUGUAUUAGCAGCGAUUCCAAGGGUAUUUUAAAACAACUGAAGUUAUAUCUCAAAGACGCAUGGAACAAAUUGGACAUCAUUACCAUUAUAUUGUUUCUGGUUGGUAUAUGUCUACGAUUGAUAAAUAAUGACCAGUGUUUCGAAGCUGCACGAGUAAUCCUAUGUCUGGAUUUAGUUGCCUUCUAUGUCCGCCUUCUUCACAUUUUCGUAGUAAGCAGUUCUCUGGGACCAAAACUUGUCAUGCUUCGAAAAAUGAUUCUGAAGGACCUAAUACCAUUUAUGGUUAUUGUUUUGGUUUUUGUUUUGGCCUACUCGGUAGCAACAGAGGCAAUAUUGUAUCCCAAUACAGAAUUAUCAGUUAAACUCCUGUAUCAACUCCCACGAAAGGCUUACUGGCAUAUGUAUGGAGAAUUGUUUCUAGAAGAUAUAGAAGGUUCAAGCUCUUGUACUGAUAAUCCUGAUGAAUAUGGUACAAAUAACGAAUUACGAUGUCCAUCAACUGUAGGGAGAUAUGUAGCUCCGGUUUCCCUAGGGAUUUAUAUGCUUUUUACCAAUGUGCUGCUAUUAAAUAUACUCAUUGCAAUGUUCAGCAAUACGUUCAAUAAUAUUGAACAGAGAUCCUACUCUUACUGGUGUUUACAGCGAUAUCAACUGAUCUACGAAUACUACAGUCGCCCCUUUCUUCCUCCACCACUCAUUGUGUUCGUACACCUAUACAGACUCGGUAGAUGGUUAAAAUAUAAAAUGAUGUCUAAUGAAGAACAGGUGUCGAAUGAAGAAGAGAAUAUCUUCAAAUAUAACAUUAAACGCAAACCUAGUAAGAAAAUCACCAGACGAGAAAAAUCUAUAGCAAAACAGUGUUUACAGAUGCACGAAAACGAGAGAACAAAAUUACAGACAUCCAUCCAAAAACUGGAAAGGAGACUGGAGACAAUUGAAAAUAAGCUAGGUCAACACCUUAAUAGAAUCAACUACCGGUAAUCUUUGAUAUAAUGUGGGAGAUCCACACUUUUUAUCUGCGUACUUUGAUUUGUAGCUCACUGAACGAAUAGACUAUUCUGGUCACAGUAUUGGGGGCUGGGGGUAUCGGUCUACGAUUUUUGUAUGAUUUCAUAUAUUUAGAUAUAGACAUAGUCUGCUGACCACCAUUGCAGCAAUGCAAAUUAAAGAAGCAUUAUAUAAGAUUUAGAUAGAGAGCUAGCCAUUCUUGUUAUAAUAUAGUUCCGAAACAGAUAAUGCAAAAUGAAUAUAUAGAACAUUUCAUUCAAAUUACUUUAUUCUGAUCCGAGUUGUCUGUGUUUGAAGUUUUGACACGAUGUAGCAUAGAUUGUUGUUAUCAUAGCAAUAGCCCAGUCUCGAUGAAACAUUUUAAGAUUAAAUCAUUAAAUGGCGAUCGUGUUUCAAACCGUUUAAAUCUCCGCCAUCCGAUUAUAGGCUUGUCAUGUGAACAAAUGUCUAAAUAAUAGUUUAUAUAACAAUAUAUAUAGUCAGAUGGGGCUCUUACAUGAUGCACCUUUAAAUAUUGAUUAAAUAAUCUUUUAUAUGAUACUAAUAGAUAUAUUAUAUGAUCAUAGAUAUUUUAUAUGAUACUAAUAAUAUAUAUUUUAUAUGAUACUAAUAAUAAAUAUUUUAUAUGAUAAUAUAUAUUUUAUAUGAUACUAAUAAUAGAUAUUUUAUAUGAUACUAAUAAUAGAUAUUUUAUAUGAUAAUAUAUAUUUUAUAUGAUGGUAAUAAUAUA